AGCGUAAUUUGGGACCAGUGCUGCCUCCUUCACAAACGUAAUGCCAAGAACAUACCACCUCAUCCGCUAACAUAGCUUCGUGGUAGUUGUGAUGAGAUCGAACGCUUACUUUGCCAGGGAAGAUGGCUAAGUGAGCAAGAGCGACGAGGAGUAAGCUUAUGUCUCGGCGUUGACCCCUGUUUUAAUGAAGCCCUAGCCAUGGCUACUACUUCUGCUGCCUAUCCGCCACCGCCUCCCUAUUACAAGCUCUACAAGGAUCCAGCCUCCGCGGCAUCGCCGCCUCCGCCGCUCCAGGGAACUUACUCCGUGUUUGGGAACACGUACACGACUGACGAUACGCUACCCAGUUUGGAGGAAGUGGGGCUUCGUCAAUUGUAUCCCAUAGGACCCAACAUUGACUACAAGAAGGAGCUCAAGGCUUUGAACCGAGAGCUUGUGCUCCAGAUGAUGGAGCUCGCCGACGUUUUGGUGGAGAGGCCUUCUCAGUAUGCUCGAAGAGUGGAAGACAUGGGGCUCAUUCUCAGAAACAUGCAUCACUUGCUCAAUUCACUCAGACCACACCAGGCCAGAGCGACACUUAUUCGCAUUCUCGAGACCCAAGUGCAAAGACGAAAGCAAGCUGUGGAAGAAGUUCACAAGAGAAGGAACGAGGCAAGAUCACUCCUCCAGGAAUCAACAGCCGCACUAGAAACCCAACUUAGCCAGCAAAGAAUUGUGUGACUUCGCUUUAGAAAAGGAAUAUACUAGUGAUCUGUUUAAAUUAACAGUUAUAAUCUA